AUCACAACACAAUAACAAGACGCUUGACCACACCAGAUUUAUUUACACUACAAAUCUCCAACAUAGACCGCGCGGUGCAUGAUAUUUACAAUUGUAAGGUAAAUAUCACCUUACCGGUGUAAGGCUGGAUCUAUGGAAGUGAAAGGUAAGAUAGAUUUUCAUUUCGCGCCUCCUCCGUCGUGACUCAUUUACCAAGUCAGCUGACUUUGGGUCAAACCCUGAGGAACUGACUCAAGCGAAAAUGAUGGACCGAGCCUUGAACUUCACACAAGACUUUUUCUUCUUGUCAUGAGGAAGCCGGUGCUGGAAAGGACGAGAUGCUGAAGCGGAUACACAAAGAUAUGCACAUUUUAACGACUGGCAAUUGAUUGUAUUGUUGUAUCAUGUCGGACGCUUCCGAAAACUCGUUACCCGCUUUGAAACGGUUGAGUUAUGCGGUGGGCCACUUUCUCAACGACCUGUGUGCCUCUAUGUGGUUUACAUACCUGCUGGUGUUUUAUCACUCAGUGUUGGGCUUUCAGAACGCGAAUGCCGGUGUGUUGUUGCUGGUGGGGCAGAUAGCAGAUGGAGUGUGUACACCGCUUAUCGGCUACGAGUCUGACAGGACACCCGGCUGUGGCUCUUAUGGAAAGAGAAAGACGUGGCAUUUAGUCGGAACCUUUAGCGUUUUGCUGUCCUUCCCAUUUGUAUUUAACCAGUGCCUGGGCUGUGAUCUGAACACUCCACAGUGGGUCAGUCUCACCUACUUCACCCCCUUCAUUGUGAUCUUCCAGUUUGGAUGGGCAGCCACCCAGAUUUCCCAUCUGUCCCUCAUUCCAGAGCUGGUGUCCUGUGAGCAUGAAAAAGUGGAGCUCACUGCAUACAGGUAUGCCUUCACAGUUAUAGCCAACAUCACAGUGUAUGCAGUGGCCUGGCUGAUGUUUCAUUUUCAAGGGGAUGACCCCACCAUUACAGACAACCUCGGCCCUGCUGACAUAGCUGUUUUCAGAAAUUUAAGUCUCAUAGUGGUGGGCAUUGGAGCACUGUUCUCGCUGCUGUUUCACCUGGGCACACAGGAAAAGGGAGCAUGUCCCAGUCAGGAGGAGGAUGGGUCCAGUCCUGGGGAACGCCAACCUCUUCUCAACAGCUCCACUGUGGCCCCUCCCACCAAUCUGCUGCAGUGGCAGCAUUGGCUAAGACAGCCAUCAUUCUACCAGGUGGCUGUGCUUUACAUGUCUACCAGACUGAUAGUGAACCUGUCACAAACAUACAUUUCCAUGUACCUCACUUAUACACUACUGCUGCCAAAGAAGUACAUAGCCACUAUUCCCUUGGUCAUGUAUGUGAGUGGCUUUGCUUCCUCAUUUAUCAUGAAGCCUCUUAGCAAACUGAUAGGGAAAUGCAUGACCUAUUUUUUGGGACUGCUGCUGAUUCUUGCAUUCUCCUAUUGGGUGCUGCUGGACAUACACAUGGGAGACAAGGUGUAUGGGGCAGCUGUAUUAUUAGGGGUGGGGUCAGCCACCAUCCUAGUGAUGUCACUUGCCAUGACAGCUGAACUCAUAGGAGAUCAAACACAAAGUGGGGCAUUUGUGUAUGGUGCUAUGAGCUUCACAGACAAGGUUGCUAAUGGUCUGGGAGUUAUGAUCAUCCAAGCUUUGCACCCCUGCCGCACGAUAGUAUGCUGUCCAGCCUGCGUAUGGUAUUACCACUAUGCCAUGGUCAUUGUCACUGGUGGAGUGGCCAUUUUAGCAGCUCUCGGCCUCUGCACGAUCCUUAUCUGGCCCAUAAAGAUUGUUCACUUAUCUGAGCGAGGUCAUUCAGUAAACAGCAGAGACUUGAAGGGUGAGGGUCUCACAAACAAUCAGGAAUCAGAAGUAAACGACUUGGAUCAACAAAUGAAUCUGCCUAAGGUGACUGGUCUUAUGGGGUGUGAUGGAGAAGACUCGGAGAGCUCUGAGCAGCCUUCAGUCAUCUGAACACAUGAGAGAGAAACAGCCAGCAGCCACAGAUCUUCAGUUCAACUGGCUGACACUCGUGUCACAGUGUGAAUUCAGAUUAGGUUUUGGUUUAGAAUGAUCUUUCACGCAGGCCAGUAUUUCCUCAUGAAGUCUACAGAGCUGUCAAAACUUGAUAUGUGGGAGAAUUUUGUCUGGUGAAUGUGGUUGAAGAGAUGCUGAUGUCUUGUGCACACUCAAAGCCAAAGGUGUGGUAAUUAGUUAAUAACUCUCAUCAUUUCAAUUAUUGCUUCUCAUUCCUUAGUUAUCACUUAACCCAGCAGUCUGCACAAAACAGACAAUUUAUAAAGGGACUAACUUUGUUAUGCACUGUAUUUUUUUUUUUAAUGUUUAUAAAUAUCAAAUAUGCACAUUUAGUUAAUUAAUUAUAUAAUAAUAAUUAUUUAAAUCAAACCUUGAAAAUAAGGGAAAUGAUGUAUGUACCUGCCAAAAAAAGGUCUGCAAAACUAUUAACGUUAUCACAAUUUAUAAUGCAGUAAAAUGCACAAGUUAUGAAGGAUGCAUCAUUUCACUUCAUAAUCAAAAGGAAUCCAACUAAUUAACCUAUAAGGGAAUUUAGAAAAAGGGAUGAGCUGACAUUUUAAUUAUGGAUUUAGAGCCAUGUGUUGCCACCUCUGCUGUGAGAUACUUGCUUUAAAAGGGACAAGAGACUGGUUUGCAUCAAGAAGCUAUGUUUAAUGCAUUAUUAUGUUUCUCCUAUGUGAGACCAUUAUGUCUGACAUGUUUUCUGUUCGUACAGUGUUCUUUGUGAACAGACAUUUCUGUAUCUCGAGUUGAUACGUUGUAACCUGUCAUUUACAACUUGUUACUCAUUACCAAUUUUGCAGUGUCAGUGCGAGUUAAGUGUACAUCUGGUCACCUGAUCUUGUGUGAUGCCUGUGACUUUAAAUGCUUAAAAACAAGUUGUCAAACUGAAAUUAUUUAAGUGUAGUCUGUUAAAUUUGAAACAAUCAACAAAAUUAGAAUGUUUUUAAAAGACCGUUAUUGUGUACAUUACUUUCGAAGUAGGCUACUUGUUUGUUAUAGCUUUUAAAUAAAACUGUUUUUUAAAGUAGACAGUGUCUGUCUUGAAGCAUUAAUGGGUUCUGCAAAAUUGGGACUCCUAUUAUACAGAAAUUGACCCAUGAAAAUAUACAUGUAUUCAGUAUAAAUCCACACACGACUGAAGGAUCAUUAUAAACAGUCUUACAAAUGGGGCCUGCCAUAUGUCCCAAUAAAUGUCUUUCUUCAUAUUUUUAAAAAGUAAAUUGCACUCAUAAACCCUUGCAUGUCAGAAUUUAUAUUCCCAAGUGAAAAAUCUGUCACAUUUUAAAAAAUGAUUAUCCAAAAUCCCAUGACAUGGGUCAUUGUUUUGUGAUGAUCUUAUUUCCUAUGGAAGAAGUGUGAUAGACUAAUCACGUAUAGACUAAUCUGCUCUGGUCAGGUAAAUGAUGUCAUAGUGUCCUUGAUAAGAGUGAGCAAGUGUUCAGAGACCAUAAUGGGGCAACACAUGGGGGAUUCUUGGGAGAUGUGGUGCAAUAACAAUUAUCCUGUUAUGCAAAACUAAAACUAGGCCUAUGCACCUAUAUGUUAUGCUCAUAUAUUCAGGCUUGCCUGCUAUGUAUAAUUUCUCUCCCCAAGGGGGCACCCGAGUCAAAGGGGUGGUUUGCAAAACCCUCAGCUUUGGAAUGUCUUAUAAUGCUUAUGUGUUGGCUAUGUGAGGUAGAAUAAAUAGUUAACAAAAAAAUGACAUUUGUGACAUUAUUUACACACCCUUAUGUCAUUCUAAACCUGUAUGACUGAUUUAUUGUGGAAAAAAUAAAUGACAUAUUUAUUAGAAUCCUCAUGCAGGUCUUUUCCAUCCAGUGACAAAAUAUCUCAUUUAUUUUGAAAAUAAUGUCACGGAGGUUGACAUGAGGGUGAGUAGAUUAUGACAGAAUUUGGUGAACUGUUUUUUUUAUUUUUAUUUUGUGGGGAUGCAAACAAUUACAUCUAUUUUAAAACCUUGUGGAGUUCUACUUGUUAAAUUACUUGGUUAUUGACCACAGGUUAAUUGUAAUGCCCAAGAAAACAAUGCAAUUGUUCCAAAUGCUUUGAUAUUUGCUGAUGAUGUCAUUCUUUUCACUGGUAAAAUAAUUUAGGUAGUGUAUGCUUGCCAAAUGAGGGCUAAUGGGCAUGAAUACUUGAAUACUAAUUUAUCUAAAGCUGCAAUUAAUUCAUUUAUGUGAAACACAUUUCAGAAAUAACAUUCUACGUUUAUGAUUUUCCAGAUGCUUUUAUCCAAAUUACAGUGCAAUUAUUACAGGGACAAUCCCCACAGAGCAGCCUGGAGUUAAGUGCCUUGCUCAAGCACACAAAGGUGGUGACUGUGGGGAUUGAACCAGCAACCUUCUGCUUAUCAGUUCUGUGCUUUAACCCACUACACCACCACCACUCCAUAAUUACCUCUCUCUUGUCAUGUAGAACAAAUAAAUAUUUAUUAAUAACAUCUUUGUUGUAAAGCUUAGAAAAUAAAUCUAAAACACAUGUUCAACUGUAUUCUAUUAAGGAGCAAUUAUCACUAAUUGGAACAGCAUUUAUAGAAACCACUGUGAAAGCGAUGAAAAUGUGUCUUCUCUUUGAGUUUUUAACAAUAAAGGUGUUGCAUAUAGAUGCUAUGUGAUAGCACCCUUAGUAUCAAUAAAAAUAAAUCAAUUAUUGCCACCUUUUCAAAGAGUUUAAGUACUUUCAGCAAUAACUUUAUUGCAUAUUUUUUUGGGGACAAAUUCUGAUAUGUGUGUAGAUAUAUGUGAAAAUAUGAAUCUUGGUUUUUCCCAUUGGUUUAGAAAUGAAUUAUUGCUGAUACACAUUAAAAACCUUUUAGUAAAACAGCAAGACAUACAUCAUUUAUUAGUUUCUGCCUCUCUCAGCUCUUAAAGCCUGCUGUGUAAUUCAGACCAGAAUCAUGCUAUAAUCUGCUCCUCAUUAGGGACAGAUCUGUUUGCAAUGAAGACAAAAUCUAAGGGCAACCCCUUCUGUUCACUUGCU